AUGAGCAACACACAAGCCGCUCUGGGUGGGUACCCGCAGUCGCCGGAUCCCACCUUGGGCGAUCCGCAAUGGCUCCGGCAGCUGUCGUCUCACGCCAUCUUCGCGUCUCCACCAGCAUUGGAUGGGAUUUCAGCCUCGUCAAGUAUCCCCGGCGCACACACAAGACUCAUGACCAUCAGAGGCACGGAUCUCAUCGCCGUCGUCAACAAUGAAGUCCGAAUCGCAUCGUUGGUAGAUGCCAAAGCAUUGGCUACCAAUCCGCCUUUCUCGCCUUUCCCCUCUUCAUCAAGUAUGGCGUCUACCUCUUACAAAGUCUUAAUGCCAGCUCACGGGAAAGGCAUCGAAUUCGAUAUUCGACACAUCUGCAUCAAUCCGACAGGCAAGCUUCUCGCUUGUGUGGGUGAUAGCCAGAUCACGCUCGUCGUCAUGCCUCGUACAGGCUACACCAAGCACGUCGAUCGUGAGAUCGUCUGUCAGACAGUAUCUAUUGGGCCCUACUACCACUCUGCGCACUCGGAUGCCAUCGUGUCGAAAGUGGACUGGCAUCCAUGGGGCGAGAACGGCACUUCAUUUCUGGUACUCACAGAAGAUGGUUUGCUUCGAGAAUACGACGUGGCCAGGGACGCCGAAGAACCCCAACAGACCGCAUCUUUCCUGCCAACACACAAUCACGCAGCAUCACAGCGCUCUCGUUCGCGCUCAGCAACUCCGAGUGUCGCCUACCGCAGCUCCGACCAAAGCACACGAACCGUCGGUCUGUCUGCAGAUGACGACGACGCUACCACAGCCGUCAGUUUCUCCCUGUGCGUGUCAAGUCCAGCCUCCCCUCGCUCGACGCCUUUCGAUCACGACACGGAAGAGACAUCAACAUAUGCCGCAUCUCGCUCCGGGCAUCUCGCCGACUGGUCCCCACUCACCGUCUUCGGUUUGAUGAAGAACGGCGAUGUCUGGGCACUAUGCCCGUUCCUGCCCAAGAACGCCAGCGUGCCUGCUGCGUAUAUCCACAAUCUCGCCAAGCUCGCGUCGUAUCGUGCGCAAUCACUCGAGACGCAGAACACGUCCAAUGUCGACACUCAGCUCCGCUACGUGAACUCCCUGCUCAAGCAGGCAUCGAAAGGCUCGGCGAGGGAUUCGGGGGAGGACCGAAGACGACAGAGCUCCGUUACGCCCGGUCCGGAGCGGUCUGCUCGAUCGUGGUCCACGUCCACGAUGGACCUUGACCAACUGAUAGACUCGCCAGUAGGCUCGGGACGACAAGAUGAGGGAGCAGAGGGAGUCGCCGAGCUGCACGAUGGCCCCGUCCGGCUGCAUCCUCCUUCUUGGUCUUAUAGGCAGAACAUCGCUCAGGGCGGUAGUGCGAAGAAAGCGCCAAGACCUCAAGGUCCAUUCUUGCUCAAGCCGGCUCCUGUGGAGCUGUGCGACGAGCGAGAGAGCGUGGCGUGUGACCUCAUGUGGACUUGGCUCACCGACGAGGGCGCUGACGACACACCAAGCGAUGUCGUGACAGGCGUGGCAGCACUCAGCAUCGUUGGCCACGACGGACGAGUGGAUGUCGCACUCCUUUUCGAACCUGUCGAAGCAGCUUGGAACUCGAAGCCAUCUGGACAGCGAUCUAGAGCGCCCCGCCAAAGCAAGCCGCUGAAGACGAAUCGCUAUGGCCUCUCGGACACCGAAGACGAGGCAGACGAGCUGGAAGCUCUCACCCUCGAAGACCCAGAGGAGCUCCCGUCAUUGCUCAUCUACGAGACCAUCGAUCUUGGUCUGCUUGACACAGCAACUGACAAUGGCGUCGCGUCUCAAUCCGCAGCUUCAGAUCUGCUGCUGGAUCAGAUGGCGGCUCACAAACCAUGCUUCGUACGAGAUCCGCUGUACGGCGACACGGUGUAUAUCUAUCACGCUUUCGGUGCACAGUGCCUCGGCUUUGCUCCGUGGGCACGGAAGCUCAUCGAGGCACUCAAUUUGCCCUCGCAGGACGAGCUCGACAACGAUGCUGGCAACGACACUUCGCUCGCCGGCACGGAAUCGCGCGAGCAAGCGCUCGUCAAGAUGCUCCAUCAGGGCCACAACACUGAGGUCGUCUGGGUGGUCAACACGCUCGCGCCUGGCAGCAACAAAGGUCUCGAGGUCAACCCGGUGACCGCUGUGUGCAUUCUCUCGGACGUGUACCUGUCGUACGCGUUCCUUGCAGUGACCGUCGAUCGGCAGCUGGUCGGUGUCGAGCUUUCGCUGCGUGUAGAGCAAGAUACGCUUGACUUCGACACGACCCGAGAUCACUCUGUUGCGGUCGGAUCGGGUGACGCUGCCGAUGGUGCGAAGCCCUACGUCUCCCUUCUCGGCGAGACGCCUUUUCGACCACCAUCGAUCUUUGCCCAGUCGGCCGGCGUCCAGGGACUGCCGAGUCAGCCUCGUCGAGCGGCCCUCGCCGGCGCAUCGACCAAGACCGAGCUUCAGAUCACGCCCGAACUCCUCCGCACGCUCGGCAAGACAGUCGAGACGUACCGCCACGAGAUCCGGGACGUCGUUUCAGCCGGAAACGCCGUGCAAGCGCGGCUCGACCUGCAAGUACGCGAGAUGACGCGCCAGCUCGAAAAGCUCAACACCGUCCGUCUGCGAUGCGACAAGUUGGGCGGCCAGGGCGUUCUCAGCGAACGCGUCUCCCAGCUCGCCCGCACCCAACUUCAAUUGGUCGCACGCAUCGAUAAGGCGUUGCAGCGUCUCAUGGACUCGCACCAACCCAGGCUGUCCAUGUACGAGACCAAAUGGUUCGAGGAGCUCGAGCGCAUCGCGGCCGAGGUGGGCGUGUCGAGGGACGCCAAGGGGGAGAUCAGCGUGGAUACGAGGUCGAAUAGGAAGGCGCUCGCGGCGAAAGCGGAGCUUUUGAGCCAUCAGCUGUCGUUGUUGCGACCGCAGAUGGAUGCGAUGCGCGAGCAGCGUAGGUGGUCGACGGGGGUGCAGGAUGGGAUGUUGGGCGGAGAACAGUUGAAGAAGGUGGAGAAGAUGUUGGGGAGUGAGGCGGUGAUGUUGGCUGAGGCCAAGGAGAAGGUGCACCAGCUUAACAAGAGGAUUGCGCAGAUCAGACCGAGAGAUGUACCGGCGGUAGGUGGCGGCGCUGGAUACGACGCGGAUUCUUCCAUCUCGUUCUCGAAUGCCAGCAUCGGAUUUGGUGGAGCGGGCCGUUUGCCGACGAGCAGCACGGCAGCCAAUCUGGCAGACUUUUCCUUCGCUUCCAGAAGCUCGCCCUUCCGUACACACUCGAGGACCGGAUCGAGCUUUGCCUGA